AUAUCCAAAGCUUAAAAGUAUUUUAACCGAAUACAAAAUGAGUUAGGAACCAAAAUGAAAUUUAGAUAGUGUUAUAAAUUUUAUCCGAAUCCAAAGUAUAUUACCUGAAAACAAUUAUGAUCCUAACGGAUACCCUUUCCGCCCAGGCCUAACCAAGCGUAAAUUGAUUCGAUCAGUGUUCCUUCGAUCAGGUUUUCUCCCAAAACUUUACUGUCUUUAGCCUAAGAUCGAACAGAGUCUAGUUGAGCUUCUGCCCCUUCCAGUCACAUCUAAGUUUCCUAAUCAAGUCAACGAUGAGCAAUCAGAAGAAAUUUGAGAGUUCUUGUCGUUUUUGUAUUCUUGGUCAACGGUCUGGAAAACGUGUGCAGGAAGACCUUUCUCCCCUUGUUUAUCUCCUUCGUCAAAGAGUCGUCGUCGGAAACUCAGAAGGUGAGGCUUUAACCGCGAUGAAGGAAAGUUUUUCUGAUCCUACAGACGCACUCCAAAGCUGGGAUAAUCAGAACAGUGUUUCUCCAUGUACAUGGUUUCAUGUUACUUGCAAUCCUGAGAACAGAGUUGUUCGUGUUGACUUGGGGAAUGCAAAACUGUCUGGUCAACUUGUACCAGAGCUUGGUCAGCUUCCAUACUUGCAGUACUUGGAGCUUUAUAGCAACAACAUUACUGGGGAGAUACCUACAGAGCUUGGAGACUUGAGGGAACUAGUUAGCUUGGAUCUUUAUCAGAACAAACUAAGCGGUCCUAUCCCUUCCUCUCUUGGCAAACUAGACAAACUCCGAUUCUUGCGUCUUAAUAACAACAACUUGUCUGGCGAAAUUCCAUUGUCUUUGACUGCUGUAUCACUGCAAGUUCUGGAUGUCUCAAACAAUCAACUCAAUGGAGAUAUUCCUGUUAAUGGUUCCUUCUCGCUGUUCACUCCUAUUAGUUUUGCUAAUAAUAAUUUACGGCAGCCUCCAGCAUCUCCACCUCCACCUGUCUCUACUCCACCACCUUCACCUCCAGCAUCAAGGAGUCGAAUGACUGUAGCAGUAGCAGGGGGAGUUGCUGCAGGUGCAGCAGUUCUAUUUGCAUUUCCAGCCAUUGCGUUUGCUUGGUGGAUAAGAAGUAGACAACAUGAUCGCUUUUUUGAUGUACCUGCUGAAGAAAACCCAGAGGUUCAUUUCGGACAACUCAGAAGAUUUUCAUUGCGUGAACUGCUUGUUGCUACAGAUAACUUUAGCAACAAAAAUGUAUUGGGGAGAGGUGGUUUUGGGAAAGUUUAUAAAGGACGUUUAGCCGAUGGCUCGCUAGUGGCUGUGAAAAGACUAAAGGAAGAACGUACCCAGGGUGGAGAGCUUCAGUUCCAAACCGAGGUCGAGAUGAUUAGUAUGGCUGUUCAUAGGAACUUGCUUCGUCUUCGUGGCUUUUGCAUGACUCCAACUGAAAGAUUGCUCGUUUAUCCCUACAUGGCUAAUGGGAGUGUUGCUUCUUGUUUAAGAGAACGACUUGAAGGCAAUCCAGUACUUGAUUGGCCAAAAAGGAAGCAUGUCGCUCUGGGGGCAGCAAGGGGGCUUGCAUAUUUACAUGAUCAGUGCGAGCAAAAAAUCAUUCACCGUGACGUGAAAGCUGCCAACAUAUUGUUAGACGAAGAGUUUGAAGCUGUGGUUGGAGAUUUUGGGCUAGCAAAGCUAAUGAAUUAUAAUGACUCUCAUGUGACAACUGCUGUACGUGGUACGAUUGGGCAUAUAGCCCCUGAGUACCUUUCGACCGGAAAAUCUUCUGAAAAAACUGAUGUUUUUGGAUACGGUGUCAUGCUUCUUGAGCUCAUCACUGGACAAAAGGCUUUCGAUCUUGCUCGGCUUGCUAAUGACGAUGAUAUCAUGUUACUCGACUGGGUGAAAGAGGUUUUGAAAGAGAAAAAGUUUGAAAGUAUUGUGGACGUAGAGUUAGAAGGAAAGUACGUGGAGAAAGAAGUGGAGCAGCUGAUCAAAAUGGCUCUGCUCUGCACUCAGAGUUCUUCUUUGGAACGUCCCAAGAUGUCGGAAGUGGUGAGAAUGCUUGAAGGAGAAGGUUUAGCUGAGAAAUGGGAAGAAUGGCAAAAUGAAGAGAUUUUGACAAAUGAUUCUAACUAUCCUCAACUUGGCACUGAAUGGUUCAUCCCAAGUUCCAAUUCCAUCAUAGAAAACGAUUAUCCCACGGGUCCAAGAUAAUAACCCUUUUAGAAAGGGCUCAUGGAGGUUCUUCAAUAUAUAUGAUUCGUGAAGCUUUUAGAUGCAAAACCCAACAUUCACUUUUACAUCUUUAACAAAACAGUAACAGUACAAAUUGUCUCUACGAUAAUUGUUUACGAACCAAUAAAAAUAUAUCACCCGUCU